AUGGGAGACAUUACGAAUAUCGAUUUAUACCAAUUUCUGGGUGUUCCAGACGAUAGCACAGAAAAGGAGAUAACAGUUUCAGCACACUUGAUCAUUGAUGACUGUGCAUACAGAAAGAAAGCUAUCAAGUGUCACCCCGACAAGAACCCAGAUAAUCCUGCAGCUGCUGAGACCUUUAUCAAGCUUUCUAAAGCGGUCGAAAUUUUGACUGAUAAAGCGGCCAAGAUAAGUUAUGACCGACUACGUAAGGCACGUAAAGCGAAAGAAAAACGUGAUGCUGCUCUAGAUGCUACGAGAAAAAAAUUUAAGCAAGACUUGGAGGAAAGAGAAAGAAGCGUAAGAGAUGACUAUGUCGAUGAAGCUGCAGAAGCAAAGAAAUUGCGUGAUCUUGUCGAAAGAAUAAGAGCGGACGGCUCUCGUAAACUGGAAGAAGAAAAAGAAAUGUUAAGAAAGCAAAUCGAAACAGAGAUUGUUGAAAAAGCUGAAGCCCACGAUAACGAACAAAAAAGUUACACAUUGAAGGUUAGAUGGAACUCUGCAAAAAGUGCUGAUGCUAAUCCUACGUAUGAUUAUGAUACAUUAAUGGAAAUAUUUAGAAAACAUGUUCUAUCUGAGCAAGAAUCUUUGGGAAGUUCAAGUGAUCCGUUAAGAAUUUCUUGGGUUGGCGAUAAGCCAACUCCUUCCACAAAAUUUAAUCGAACCCCAUUUUCAAGUGAAAGCGCAAAUUUUUCUAAUCCUGGCCUGGUUAAUGAUCGUGAUUACGAAUCCCUGACAUUAAUGCGUCUUCGACAAGCAGAAGAAAGAAAACGGUUGGAGGAACAAAUUGCUACGGAAGAUGACUAA